AUGCUUCCCUUGACGACAACAACAUUACUUCUCUCCUGUCUGGGAGCCGUUGCCGGGCUUGCCGUGGGCACGAACCCUCAGCAUGAGAUCCAAGGGCUGGGGUCAAAGCGGAAGCCAUGCCCAAAGCCAACAGCCACGUGCUUAGCCCCCAACGCCUUGCAGACCGCAAGCCAAUACACUGGGUUGGAGGAGGGAACGCCAGGAAUUAGAGAUGGCCUGAGCGAGUCGAAAACCGACUCCGCCAACUUCAUCAACUUCUGCGCCGGCCGCACGCUCACCAACGGCCAGCAAAACACCGCCGGCUCCUGCAACGGCAUCCCCAUGGGCCGCAUCCCCGCCACCACCAACAUGAUCUCCACCAUCAUCACCUACCCCCAGCCCGGGGACCUUGUGCCCGCCAACACCACCUUCACGGUGCGCAUCCAGACGCGGCACCUGCGCGCGGGCUACCUGGUCAACCCCAGCAGCAACUACUACACGGCGCCGCAGGACCUGGACGAGAACGGCGACAUCAUCGGCCACUGCCACAUCUCGGUGCAGAACAUCGGCAGUCUGCGCUCGCUUGAGGUGCCCGACCCCACCAAGUUCGCCUACUUCAAGGGCGUCGACGAUGCUGGCGACGGCAAGGGCGCCCUCGAGGCUGAGGUCACGGGCGGCUUGCCCGCGGGUGUCUACCGUGUCUGCACGAUGGUGGCGGCGAGGAAUCAUCAGCCUGUGGCGAUGCCGGUUGCGCAGAGGGGUGCUCAGGAUGAUUGCACUAAGUUUGAGGUGGGGGGUGCGUAG